AUGAUGACGGCAACAUCUUCGUUUCCCGACCCAAAAGUCAUCGGCACCAAGAAGCCCGGCGUAUCAUACACCGACCGCCACUCGGCGCGCGUGGUGGCAUUCAACGCCGGAGGCGAAGUAGCCAUCCUUUACGCCAAGCGAGAGAAUUACUACAAGCUUCCUGGCGGCGGCAUCGAACCGGGCGAGGACCAUGAGACGGCGGCCAAGCGCGAGUUCCAGGAGGAAACCGGCGGGCUGAUCAGGCUGCGAGGCAACGGCUGCGUGGCCGCGACGGAAGAGUUCCGCUUUCAGCAGCGGCAGGUGUCGUAUUGCUACUGUGCCGACCUAGUGGACGAUAGCGGGGAGCCUGCUCUGAUUGAGGAGGAGCGGGAGGACGGCCUCGGCCAUUUGUGGAUGUCGGUAGACGAGGCGAAGAAGGCGAUGGCCGCGGCGGAGCCGUCUUCGGAGUUUGGAAGGUCCGUCAAGGAGCGAGACAUGUAUCUGCUGGAUCAGGCGAGCAAAUACAUCGCCAUCCAACUCCCGUUUACCAGAGGCAACCCAGACGAUCAGCAAGCUCCCUGA